CUCUCACACAUUUGCUGCGUGUUUGCUCGUUGUUCAGACUAAAUUCAGUCUCCGGUGACUGGUGAAGUUUCUGUUCAGAUUCUGGAUGCAAUAGUUGGAAAAUAUAGCUCGAAGCUCUCGGAGUUUUUUUUUUACAACUUAAAACUGUAAAAACAGAGUCUCUCCUAAUACUCGAAGGUGUGCUGAAUAUUGAAAAGCCGUUUCUGAAAAACAAAGGUUUAACAUGGCUGACCCAUCUCCACAGGGAGUUACUGCUGAGAACCAUACCGAUUCUUGUAAACAAAUGGAAUGUGCAAUAAGGUCAAUGGCAAGUCUCAUAUCUUCUGAUGGACUGAAAAGGAAGAUCAACUUCUCAGGUCUACGAAUGCCAUCUGCGAUAAUUGGAUUAGUUGAUGAGGAGCAACCCCUUAGAGGGAAUAUGGAGCUUUCUUUUGAGAAACAGAGUCCCCUGCCUACCACAAACAGGCUAAACACCAACAAAUUCCAGCUAUUCAAUCUUUUUCCUUCCAUUGAGAAACAUACUGGAGUAAAACUUGGUGGGAAUUUUAGCAAGUUGAAGCCAAAUGGAGAAAUAACAAAACAGGUAGCAAAAAACAUUUUGAACAUAGAGUCACAGAAGCUAAAAGAUGCAUCUACUUUUGGAGAUCAAGUCAAGGGUUUGACCAGAUGCUUUGAGAUCAUUGAUCUUGACAAAAAUGCGGUUCCUCCAUUUGCUGAGAAGACUUUAGCUACCAUUAGUCUUUCUUUGAAUGUUGGAGUGGUCAAGUAUGGUUUCAAAGAGACGAGCAAAACUGACAGGAGGAACGGGGAGUGUAUGAUGAUAAAGAAACAUAGGAAGAUCCGGCCACUAAAAGCUAAAGCUUCCAACUUUGAUAUCAGAAGUGUCCCGCCUAUUAUAACUGCAAUGGCGGCAACUGCUGUUGUUACCAACCUGGCUAGCCAGCCCCUGAAGAAAGAAAUCUUAAUUAUUUGUGCCAUGGCAAUCAUAAUCAAUUUUUGUAUGGGUUGGCUUCGGAAAAGCGAUACUGACAAAUUCUCACGGCUUUGGUUUAUAGCUAUUCUUGGUGCUAUGCCUUUUACACCCCUCAUUUUCUAUUCGCUCGUGUGGCCACCAAUGUGUACCAGGGAAUUGGCAUAUACAGUUGGGGCAUCCCUUCUCGGACAAGUGCUUGGUGGCAUGAUCUGGCAAUACCGACACAGAGCCCCUGAUGCUACACCAACACCCAUGUCGGAUAUUGUUGGUGGGGGUUCUCAUUCGGAAGGAGAUGCUGCCACCCCUCCACCGGAGACCAAGAACGAGGGAGAUGCUACCACGCCUCGACUCAAGUUGAAAGCUCUUGUUGCUGUUGGUGGUGGUGGUGUUAGUGGUAAUGGUUCUCAUCCACCGGUGAUUGCAAGAUUGGGUAUUUUGCUUAAAGCAGCAGUUCUAUUGUUUACUACUCUUAGAUCAUAUAUCUCCUUUCAAUACCAGAAGGCAAUAGAACCACUCUUGCAUCAUAUAUCUCUUUUCAACACCUGAAGUUUCUUGGUUGAUUGGUGUUGUGAAUAAAAACAACAGAUCAAUGUCUUUUUUAGCAUGUGGUUUGCAUAUUAUUUUUCAUUAACUUUGUUAAAUUCUACUUUUCACAUUUUCAUCGUUGGUUGGUGAUUAAGACCAAAUAGCUCCUUCAUUUUGCAUUGUUAAUUUCACG